AUGCCCGAGACACCCCAGCAAGAAGGGGAGAAGCAGCCCCGAUCUCGCUAUCGCGCUGAUGGCCGGCGUCGCCGUACUGCUGGGGAGCUGAGGACGCGGGCCCCCUAUGUGCAAUUCUGGAAAGAUGUCCAGGCGAGACAGAGGCAACGAGAUGCACAUGCAGAAGAUGCGGCCCCGAGGCGUCACCACGCUCAGCACUACCGCAUACACACUGACGAUGGCCAAGAGUCGCAGCAUGAUGAGAUGAAUGGGCAGCCCUCCUCCUCCGGAGGCUCAAGGGAGACCAGAGAUGGCCCCUGGAGGGAAUGGAGCCACAACGAGGAGGAUUGGUGGUACUGGCCAGAAGAAUGGGAUGCUGAUGUCGGGGCGGCAGAUGAUCCAAGGAGCUGGCGCCACACACGACGCCGACCAGCCACGUCAGGCAGUGACACCCAUGAGGACGCUACCCUUGAGCCCUCCGCUGCACACCAGCAGCGCAAGCCGCGGAAAUCUCCGUCCUACCAGGUCAGCAAGAGAUCACGCAGCACACAGGUGAGCGAUGAGUUUGUGAAGAGGCAGACCGAGGCAGCGCCGAGUCAAGCGGCCCCUCCGGAGGAGCCUUGUGCGGAUCAAAUGGCCAGGCUAAGCAAGGUCGUCGACUUGCUAGAGCAGCUCGCCCAUGCUGGCCUUCCUACGCUCAUGAACGCCUUUUACAGAUCAGGUGACUUCACCAAGCACCACGACACCUUCCAUGGUGAUCCAUCGACAGCCAGCUUUCCGCGAGUAGGGAACUGGAACUUAGCGCUGACGGGAUCCCUCCUGUGUCCACCAGUACGCGCAAUCUACAAGGACGUCUCCAACUUCGGUUCCUUUAUGGAAUCGUUCACGGUGUGCAACGCAAAGAAGCAACCACGCCCAUCGUGGUACCAGCACUACCAGCUUCUCGUGACCCUGAUUGCAGCGAUGACUGACACAUGCACCCCGGACACGUACGACGCGCUCAAGGUGAACUCCAACCCUGCGGAAUUCAUCCAUGUCUUCCGGCAAAAGGUGAAGCGGGAGGACAGCGCCAUCGACCACGAGACGGAGAGCUCCUCUGAUGAUGUGCAGGUAGUCGCACCUAGGGAGCCUGCCCAGUGCACGGAGGCCCCUCGUCCCUCUCAGGCAUCUACGGACCACAAACUCAUCGGUGAUCAUCAGGUGCGACAGCCGCCACAACCGCCAUCAAAAUCGGCUACAGAGGAGACAGGGACCAAGCACUGGAUGCGUGCAAACGGCACCCCAGCUCGUGUACGCGGGGAACGAGCCAAGGAGAUUUCCAAAGCCCUCACGCAGAUCCUUCGACAUGCGGCGCCCCGAAUUGGACUGCAUAUCCAAGAAGACGGCUACGUCGCUAUGGGAGACCUUUUGCAGGCCCCACGUCUCUGGAACCAAUGGAUCACUGAGGCGGAGAUCGUCGACGUAAUCCACUACAACCAGAAGAAUAGGUUCGAGAUCUCCCACCGCGACGGCGCCUACCUGGUGCGUGCCCGACAAGGCCACUCCAUUGACCACAUCCAGAACGAGCUGAUCCUCACUCGCCUCACGGUCGAUGACACCCCUGAAUUCGUUGCCCACGGGACAUACUACGACUUCUACGAGAGCAUUGUACGUUACGGGCCGGAGGCAGGAUCGGAUGUCGUGUCGGGCAUGCGCAGCGACUGUGAUUUGGUGCUCUGGAUUAGCGCGCAAAGUGCUGCGGUCUCUGGCAUCACCUUCUACAGGUCGGCGAAUGAUGUCAUCCUUACGGAAGCCACCAUCGACCCGGCUUUCUUCCACAGUGUUCAGAUCAUGCGGAGCCUAGAGGUGUUGACCGCCGAUGGCGGUCCACCACACCCGCAACAGGUUGCACUGGCGAUUUCACGCGCCUCCUCGCGCGACGCACAGACAGGCGGCUUGCCGCUGGGAAGCCGAGGCGCAGAUGCGCCAGAGGUCUCCGCCGCGGACCUAAGUGCAUCACCUGCAUCCUCCGCAGUAUUGGCCGUGUGCUCGGGCAAGGUAUACUGUCACAAUGUCGGGGGCCUUGGUUCGGGGAUGUACGAGGAUUUGAUGGGGUUCCUGGAUCAAUCUCACUAUGACAUCGUGCUCGUGCAAGAGACCAAACUUAGAGAAGCUAGCGAGUACACCACUGCUCGCUGGAUAUGCGUUGGCUCUGGCACCACUGCUCAGAAACAUGCCGGAGUUAUGAUCCUUGUUCGGAAAUCACUCACUAAUGUGCAGGAGGUCAGACAUGAUGCUGUGAUCCCAGGUCGACUACUUCGAGUGCGAUUCCCCCUGGGAACCACUGGUCCGAAGUUCAAGAGCAACUCGCUGCUGUGA